AUGGAGUACAAAAAACAAGAGGCAGCUUAUGUGAGUUAUUUGUAUCAGAAGAGUAAGGUUGAUUGGAUCCGAUUUGGUGAUGAGAACUCUUCCAUGUUCUAUGCCAGUAUGAAGAAAAGGAAAGUUGUUAACAGAAUUGUGUCUUUUGUUGAUGAAAAUGGCAGAGUAGAAGUGGAUUACCCAAAGGUAAUUAGUCAUUUUACUCAACAUUUUCAUUCAUUCUUAGGUGGAUCUAGUGUAGCUUCUGGUCUUAUUGAGCCCUCAGUUGUGCAUUCAGGUCCUAUUCUUAGCCUUGAUGACCAAACUUUCCUUAUAAAACCAUUCACUUACCAAGAAGUCAAAACAGCCAUGUUUAGCAUUAAGGCAGUAAAGAGCCUUGGUCUGGAUGGAUUUGGUGUUGGUUUUUACAAGAGUCUUUGGUCUGUCAUUGGAAAAGAAGUGGCUACAGCAAUGAUUGAAUUCUUUGACAUAGGAUGCAUUCCGAAGGCUUUGAAUAGUACCAUAUUAGCUCUUAUUCCUAAAGUCAGCCAUCCUUCAAAUGCCUCAGAAUAUCGUCCUAUAGCUUGCUGCAAUACCCUUUACAAAUGUAUAUCUAAAAUGCUCUGUAACAGGUUGAUUCCUAUCCUUCCUAAGUUGAUUAAUCAAAAUCAAGGAGCUUUUGUUAAGAAUAGAACUAUUGCUCAUAAUGUUCUUAUUCUUCAAGACCUUCUUAAAGGCUAUAAACGGAAGCGAGUUUCUCCUCGGUGCUUAAUGAAAAUAGACCUCAGCAAAGCCUACGAUUCUAUGAUUGGGAUUUUCUUGAGAAUCUGCUGA